AUACAGAAGCAAUUGUUUAGUUAGUCUGUAAAUAUAUGCUCAAUAAGCUUCAGAAAUGUGGAAAUCUAUUUUGGGGAGAGAUGAUGAUAAUGAAGAACAAGGGGAAGGUUUGGUGUUGGAUGAUGAAGAAGGCUUCUGCUCUUUCUCAAAUCUCCAAAGGAUCUAUGCGUUCUUUGCUUGUAUGGCAGCCGGUCUGGUCUGUAUGUUCUUGUCAUGUGUUGUUUUUGCAAAGCCCAUCAAGUUUGCUCUUUUGUUUUCCUUUGGCAACUUUCUUGCCGUUGGAAGCACAACCUUUCUCAUUGGACCGCGCAAGCAAAUAAGAAUGAUGUUUGACACAGUUCGUGUUUUUGCCACAGUAAUUUAUGUCACCUGCGUCGUCUUAACCCUUGUUUGUGCGUUACUGUUUCAUAGCAUGAUAUUGUCGAUAGUUGCCAUCAUAUGCGAGGUUCUUGCCCUUAUAUGGUAUGGUCUAAGUUACAUCCCCCUUGCUCGUAGGAUGGUUUCAAAUAUGAUAACUCGCAUUUUUAAUAGAGCAUCUAAAUAGUGAUUCAGUCGUUGCAAAUUGAGUGGAUAUACAUACUCCCAAGUGUUUAUGUAGGUAGCCUUUUUGGAAUAUUUAAAAAGAUGGUUAUUAGCUUUGAACUAUCAUCUAGCCGGGUUUAAGGGGGUCCUCAGGAAUGAGAUUCAUCCUUUUUGAACGAUUUCAUUUAUUGUUAACAAUUUUGCUCGAGCAUGGCAAAUUAUAUUUUAUAUCUUGUCAUACUUGAUAGCCUUGGUUUGCUAAACCUCAUGUUUUGAUGUUAACAAACAAUACAAGAGCUAACGCUUG